GCAAAAGUUUUCAAAAGUUUUUCAAAGGAGAACAAUACAUUUAUUAAUGUAUAUAUCUUCAGCAAAACAUUAAAAUGAGUAUUUAUCAUUGGAAGCUUGGGGACAUCGCACUAGCUAAAAUAUGCAAAAAAGUUUACGCUAAAGUUCAAGUAGUCAAAGAUGAAAAGGGCCUGUUUUACGACGAUAAAGUUCUAGGAAUAUCAGCGAACGAAAAUGGGACCAUUAAAGUUACAAAAGAACUUUGUUAUUACAUUGAAAUCAGUCGAACCAAGGAAAGACUUUGGGUCCCAUACACCAGUCUGCACCUUGCUGCACGUUCUAGACCUUUUUAUGGGCCAGCUGACAAGGUAUCCCCAGCACCAAAACAAAUAUCAACUACACCUAGAAAGAGAAAAAUUAAGGAGGAUCACAUUGUACCUCUUAAUGUUAAAUUAAAUAAGUACAAAACACCAGAUCUCAACACUACCUAUGAUGUAAGGCACACACCACUAAAACAGGGCAAGUAUGAAAACGCUUUCAAAGAAUUUGUACGACAAGGUACCGAGAUGAUUUUUGAUGAAUUCUAUUUGCAUUUAAAAAAUAAUCAUAACUCUAAUGAAGACUGUCUAGAUUAUUUAGCUAAUGUAGAUGCAAGUACAGAAGAUAAAUUUGAACUAGUCAUAAAAAAUAUAGUAACACUUAAGGAGAUUGAAAAUUAUUUACAUCAAUGCUGGAAAUAUAAUUUUAUCCACAAACAAAUGGAGAAUAGAGAUGGACCUGAAAGUUCUAAUCCAACAUCGCCUGAAAAAUCACCAAUAACAUUACACGCGCCUUGGUGCCUUGUUUGCGGAAAGGGGGAUAAAUUGCGACAGUGUCCCAACUGCCCCUCUUCUUUUCAUCCUGUUUGUAGGCGUGAAUGGCUAAUUACUAUCAUACACCGCAAAAAUCCUCCGAAAAAGACCCAAACGAAAGUGACUUUAGUGGAGAAGAUUCUGUCCAGCACCAGAACAAAAUGUUCUAUUCAGAAGGAGAAUGACAAUUUGGUUUUGUGUCCUAGUUGCAUGUGGGGUCCUCGAGUGGGGUAUGAUGACGUGGUGUGGCACAAGCUGGGCUCGUGUCCGUGGUGGCCAGCCCGCGUGCUGCCGCCCGGCGCGGUGCCUUCGUGUUUGCUGGCCCGGACACACCAGCCCCAUCACUGGCCACUCAAAUACUAUGGUACUAACAACCACUCCUGGGGUGAUGGCAACCGUAUGUGCUUGUUCCUGCCAAGUCACACCGCUGCACUGGACUCCGGCAAAGACCCCAUGUUACAGCAAGCGGUGCUAGACGCAUGCGAUGACUAUAUUGCAGUUUAUCUAAAAUAAAUGUUAACACAUUUUAAGUGGCCUGUAUAGCCCUGACGAUACUGCAUAGCGGGCAAAAUUUGCAAGGCAUGCUAAUUUUUCGCUUACUUCGUAAAUUUUGCCCGAACUAAGAGAAUCAUAAAACAAACAUCUACUUAUAUUUCAUAAAUCAAGUACUUUCCAAAGGGGUACAAAUACCCCCGCCCCGUUGAUAGACGGCAGUCCAUAAAACGGGUAUUAGUACCCGCCCCGCUUACAAUGUGUUAACUAUAAGACCUUAACAAUAAUAAUAAUAAGGAUCAAUUCACACCAAAUGUGUGCAUAUUGCAUGCAAAGUAUGUGCACUUUACAAGUUAUGGUAUGAUGGGUAACAGCUGAUAUUUUUUGACAGUUUUUACUGCAGUAGAACAGUAAUGAGUGAAAGUUUUAGUAUCAAUCAAUUUGAUAAUUCAAAAUUGUCAC